AUGUGUGGUUCAGACAUCUUUCUAGCGAUCCUCGCCAUUUUCUUCCCUCCGAUUGCGGUGUGGAUCAAAGUAGGCCUCUGUACGGCUGACUCGGUCAUCAACCUUGCUCUCUGCUGUCUCGCCUAUAUCCCGGGCCUCCUGCACGCCUGGUACAUCAUUCUCAAGUAUCCCGAGCCAGACUAUGAUGACCCCAACUAUGCGCCCCUCCCCGGAAAUCACAGAGGAGACGCCGAGAACGGUCGCGUCACAUAUUACUAUGUCUCCCAUCAACCCAUCCAGCACCCAUCCCAACGGGGCUAUGGGACCAUGCCUCCGCAACAACCCCACGUGGCGAACGCUCAGCCUCAGCAGCAAGAUCCCGCACCUCACCAACAGCACGAACAUGCUUCUGGAGGCGGCGGCGGCGGCGGUAGCAGCAGCCGGGAUCACGCCGAUGCGCGGCCACCUCCCACGUACGCCGAAGCAGUGAAGGGAGACCACAAAGUACAAGACCAUCAGACAGGUCAAGCCUGA